CCCUCGUCCAGUGUAUCGGCGGAGUGGAGGCGCACGGCGCGCACACACAGCGUGGACUUGGACGUGUCUUGGCAGCAGGAUUACGCACGACGACGACGACGCGAUCCGCGCGAAACACGCGUGUAGCAGGAGCGGACACACUUUCAACUUUAUUAUCCUGUGAGACUCUGAUGUAGAAAUCAGCAGCAGCAGAAAUCAGCAGCAGAAAUCAGCCUCCUCUUCCUCACCGGGUCACGGCGACUAUAGAGGAAUGGAAACGAUGUAAACAGCCGGUGAGGGUGAUCGCAGUCUCACAGUUUUUUUUUUCCACUAAGAGAGGAUGAUCCCGCCGGCCAACAUGAUCCAGGACGAAAGUGGGGGCAAAGAGGACGAACAGGACCAGGACCAGGACCAGGAUGAGACACCGAAAUCCCCGACGGCGAACGCGAGCCAGCAGGAAACCAAGAAUUCUGUGAGGCCUGAACAUCACAAGCGCAAGCUGCAGAGACUCAAGCGAUCCCUGUCCUUCAAGACCAAGAGCAUCCGCAGCAAGAGCGCCGACAACUUCUUCCGCACCGGCGGCGACAACAAGACGGAGCUGCUGUCCGACGUGAGCAGCAGCACGGGCCACCUGUGCAACAUCGGCAUGGCCCCGCCGCACGCCACCCACCUGCCCAUCCCGCCGGUGCCCCCGGCCAUUCCCUGUGCUCCUCCCCCGACGUCGCGCUCGCAGUCGCGCAACCCGCUGCAGGUGGACUCGGCGGGACACUGCUUCAUGGAGCACAUCUUCAAGAAGCCGACGUUCUGUGACGUGUGCAACCACAUGAUCGUAGGUACCACGGCCAAACAUGUGGUCUUCCUGGCGGGAAACACUGCAAAACACGGCCUCCGCUGCAAAGCCUGCAAGAUGAGCCUGCACCACAAAUGUGAGAAUGGAGUGGGACAGCAGCGCUGCAUGGGCAAACUGCCCAAAGGCUUCCGGCGGUACUACAGCUCGCCGUUACUGAUCCAGGAACAGUACGGCUGCAUCAAAGAAGUAAUGCCCAUUGCCUGUGGCAAUAAAGUUGACCCCGUCUACGAGGCCUUGAGGUUUGGAACGUCUCUGGCACAGAAAGCCAAGAGGGCUAGUGGCUCCGAUUCUCCACAAAGAAACUCGAGCAGUGACUUGGACAAGGUUCCAGAGGAAGUGGUGGCUCACAGCAGCAGACAGGAGCUGUCGAGGAAACACAGUGAUGACGUUUUCACGGUUAUUCAGAACGGCACAGAACUUUACCACCAGCUCGAGAGAAAACCAGACGACAUCCCGAACCAGCUCCAGAAAGACAUCCUGGAGCUCAACACCUACGUGGCCUUGUUCAGUUUCACUCCCCAGGAGAGCCAUGACUUGGAGAUGAGAGCGGGAGACCGGAUCUUAUUGGCUGAUGACUCCAACGAAGACUGGUGGAAGGGGGUGAUUGAGGACAGGAUCGGUUUCUUCCCGGCAGCCUAUGCUCACCAGGUGCAGGCCGAGGACCGAGUAUUCAGAUGUAACAGGACGUUCAUUGGCUGUAAGGAGCAAGGGCAGAUCACCUUGAAGGAGGGACAGGUCUGUGUGAGCAGCGAGGACGAGCACAGUGGCUUCAUCAGAGUGGCGAGCGGGAAGAAGAGCGGCUUCGUGCCCUGUGACGUGCUGGAGAUCAUCUGAGAGAAACUGUCACAGAGAUGAAGAGGGACAGAAAAGAAACGAGAGAAGGAAGGACGUUGGACAUUGACCGCCUGGAGGUCAGAGGAGAUGGAACCUGCACCUGAGACCAGUGAGGGACAUGGAAUUAUUAGUGAUGCUGGUGUCUGUUUGCAGGUCACAGUCUUUGCACCUUCCUCACCUUCUCUCAGACAGUCACUGAGAUGAAUGAACACAGGAGAUGAACACUGGAUCUGAUUUAAUUUAUAGAACCAGUGUCUUUGUUUUUAUUCUGCUACAAGCUGUUUAUUUUCCGAAAUUAGACCGUUUACGCUUGAGAAGCAUCAACGAAACAGUUUUUCCAAUUUCAUGAUUUCAUGAAAUUCUUCCCCUCAAAUCAUUUUAUUUCCACUUGGCUCUGAAAGAUGCCAAAAAUCUGCCCCCUUUCAAACGUAACCCUUUAACACAGGGCAUUUUGUUGGCCUGUUUUUGCACAUUGGGAGACAAAUAUACAAAAUUAAAAUGCAAAAUCUCAUCUUUUUUUUGUUUUUCUUGACAUUAAACUGUCAAUACACUCUUUUAAUAUGCAGCAAAUUGUAAAUAACAGUGUUAGUGGACAAAAGCACUCAUUCACGAGACACAGACAUUUUGAGGCUUGGGUGUUAAAGGGUUAAUGAUAAAAUAAGACUUUUUCUUAAAUUCCCCAGUCAUAUGUUAGAGGUACUUACUUGUUUCUCCUCUAAUAUACAGUUACACUCCUAAAUAAAGGUUUACCAUAUGUUUUUCUUAGCGCAGGCGAGACUUUUCACAGUCUGACACUCCAAAAAUAUAUGAAAUAUCACCUUCAGCAUCUGAAACAAUGUCCCACUCACUGCGAUCCAGGAUUUGACGACUUCAUGUUAAAGGGAAAAAUAAAAAUUGCCAGUUUCUCACAAGCUGCAGAAUCUAUUUCUUUUUCUGACGAUGGGUUUAAUGUCGUCUUUAAAUGUUACCAAAAAAAAACGGGAGAAAAGUGAAGGACAGAGGCUUUUAUUUUUUAUUCUUUUCAAAAUAAGACAGUGAUUAAAUCAGAAUCCCGCGUGAUCUCGAGGUUUCAUGAGAUGUGAGGCCUCUCUUGUCGUGUGUAUAAUAAUAUGUCUCAUUAAAGGUUGUCCUGCACUGAAACUUGGCUUUAGUGAAUGUCCAAGAAUGCUGUAUUGUAAAUAAUGUAAUGUACGAGAUUAAAAGAUUCUGUCUUUA